CCUGGACCCAUGAAGCAGUGUUUUGUAGCAAGCAAUUGUGCGUCCUUUAUCAGAGGCAAAAGUUCUAGCUGUUUAUGUACUAUUCGUGAUAGUGUAACGAACUGCGGUGUUUUUGGUUACCCGCCCUCUGCUGUAAACAGGGCCAGCGUGGUGGUUAUCUUUGAUAAGUAACGUAAGGUGGAAUUCAGUCGGUAGAGGGUGGUUUGGAAGGCUUUCAAAGGCCAUGGCAUCUGCACCUACUAUAGACCCUGAUGUAGUGCGAGAAGUGCUGGAGUGCCCCAUUUGUAUGGAGACCUUUAAUGAGGAUCAGAGGAGACCGAAGCUGUUGAAUUGUGGACACACCAUCUGCAGACAGUGCCUGGAGAAACUUGUAGCAGAUAGCAUAAAUGGGGUCCGAUGUCCUUUCUGUAUCAAAGUAACAAAACUUCGCAAUCCUAGCCAAUUAACUGACAACCUUACUGUACUAAAAUUCAUUGAUUCUACAAGUAUUAGUUCCACAGUGAGUGCCAUGAUGUGCAAAGUGUGCAGAAAUAGACUUCCAAGACACUUCUGCCAGAAAUGCACAUUUGUCCUGUGUGAACCUUGCAGGAAUGAGAGGCAUCAUCUGCAAGGGCAUAAUAUUAUUUCUAUCAGAACUGCAGCUGAACUGCACAGGAAGGCAGUUGGAGAAAAACUAGCUGAACUCCACAAAUUGAUAGCUGACAUGCAGAAAAGGAAGGCGGCAUUGGAAAACAUAUCAAAAGACCUUCAAUCAAAGUAUAAAACUGUGCUCCAUGAAUACACUCUGGAAGAGCAAUGCAUACAGGAAGAACUUGCUAAGUCACGUAGAUCUUUCUCGAGUGCACUGGCUGAUACUGAGAAAAUAAAUACUCAGGCACUUGAAGAACUUGACUACCAGUUAAGUAUUGCUGAAGUUCAGAUAAUCUCAAGAUGUGAUUAUCUCACAGCUAAAAUUAAACAAACAGACAUUACUUUGUUAGAAAGUGUGAUUGAUGAUGAAGACCCUGAACUGACUAGCAGCAAUCUGCCAUCACAGGUAACACUGCAGGAGGUACAGUUUGUCAAAGUUAACCAAUUGCAACCUUUAGAAGUUGGCCAACUUGUAACAAAGCCAUACAAUGUGAACAUUAAAGAGUGCUCUGUUGAUGAGUCUCACUUUUUCAGUGAUACAUGGAAGAAUACAGAAAUAUCAGUUGCAGAAGGGAGCUCAGUGUCUAAAGUUACACCUUCCAAAAGGCGGCAAUCAAUCAUAGCUGUUCCUGUUGUUCAGCAGUGCCAUUUCAUUAAAAAGAUCGGUUGCAAAGGAAGUGUGCCUGGAAGUUUCAGCCUUCCGGUCAGCCUGUGUGUCACACCACAAGAGGAAGUUUUAGUUGCAGAUCAGGGUAAUUGCAGAAUUCAGAUCUUUAAUAAGAGAGGAUUUUGUAGAGAGAUCAGGAGGAAUCAAGGUGGCAUUGACUCUUUUGUUCUUGGUUUAUUUGGAGCAGACCCCCCCUCUCUAGUUCCACUUUCUGUAGCCAUCAGCAACCAGGGAUUGAUAGGAGUAACUGACCACUAUGAUAACUCUGUAAAAAUUUAUACAUUUGAUGGACGCUGCAUAGCAUUUCAUCGGAGUCAUCUGACUAAACCAUGGGGUAUUGCUGCUAUGCCUUCAGGGCAGUUUGCUGUGACUGAUGUUGAAGGUGGUAAGUUAUGGUGCCUCACUGUUGAUCGCACUGCUGGAGUUGUAAACUGCAGUCAGCUUUGUAGUGCGGUCCAUCCUAAAUUUGUUGCCAGCAAUUUAGAGGGAACUGUGUAUUUUAGUCAGGGACUAGGCCUGAGAUUGGAAAACCGAGAUACUAAGCAUCACCUUGAAGGGGGUUUCUCCAUUGGCUCGGUAGGGCCAGAUGGCCAGCUUGGACGACAGCUGAGCCAUUUCUUCUCUGAAAAUGAAGACUUCAGAUGCAUUGCAGGACUUUGUGUCGAUCCAAGAGGUGAUCUUCUUGUUGCUGAUUGUGGCCGUAAAGAAAUUCUCUUAUUUCCCAAAGACGGUGGUCAUAGAGUUUUAAUAAAUGAAGGGCUAACAUGCCCAGUUAGUGUAGCUGUUACAUUACAAGGACAGUUGCUUGUUUUAGACUGCUGGGAUCACUGCAUUAAAAUGUAUAAUUACGAUAUGAGGAGACCACCAUCUCAAUCCUGUCAACAUAUUUAGUCUACUUAACAGACUAUCUUGCGUGCAGAGACUCAAGAUUAGAGAUGAACUGGAUUAUGUCUGAGCUCUAAUUUUAUAUAAAUGUAGAAUUUUUUUUUAGUCUGAAGUAAAACCUGAGCAGUACCAUAAGCCAAACAAUGUUCUGUUGCAGCUGUUAAGCCUACAUUCUUUUCAAGUGAUGUAAGCAUUUUACAGGAACUUAAUUAAAAACAGCAGGUGUUCAUUUGGUUCAGCCAGAUAUAUUUUGGUGCAGGCUUUGCAGUCAAUGACUAUCAAAACAACACUGUAUAUUUACAGGGUUGUAGAGUGUUUACAUCUAGUUGAUUUUCAGAAUUUUCUUCUCUCCUAAGUACUGGGAAAUCAGUUAUACAGAGCAUACAAACUCAUGUAAGAAGGAAAUUAUUUCCUAAUUUAAUGAGGGGGUAUAUAUACUUUUAGCUUCAAUUUUAUAUUCCACAAACAGGGUUCCAUAACCUAUCUGUUACUUAGUUUGCCCGUAGCAGCUUUAUCUAACUGAGACAUAAGGGGGAGCCAGAGUCUAUUUCUAUCAUUCACCUGAGUGGAAGGUAUGAAAAAUAGUCCUUGUAAGGGUCCUAGUCUAUCACAAGACACCAGCACACACUUAUCAGUUGCACGUGGGACACAUACCUAUAGUCAUUGUGGAGGGUUGCCAUUUUACAUACAGCUGUGUGUAGAGUACCUGUUUAGCAGGUGCUUUACUGUUUCAGAGUGACUUUGGCCAUUACACUAAUAAACUGGACUAUCUCCCAUCAAAUCAGAAGUCCUGUGACUAGAAGAUACGUCAAGUUUGUUGAAGACAGUCUGUUCACACGUGUACAUUAACAUAUCCCAUGCUGUCAAAGUACCAGCUCGGACAGCAGUCGCUAUGAUUUUAACCAAGGUUUGAAGAUGAACAUUGUUUUUUAAUGUAACAAACAUUGGUAAUGUAACAGUUUUUUUUUUUGUUUUGUUUUACAAACAAGAUAUGUCACUUUACUAUUUUUGAUGAAUAAAUCUGUACUUGAUGCUGC